AUGAAUUCCAACCUACAUCUAGUUCAAAAUAUCUCUCAACUUCUUUCACCUCUAAUUACUGAAGAUGAAUUAAAGUUACUUGAAAAACUUCCAAAAGGAUCUUUUUCUAGUAAAUCGUCUCAUCAACAUACAAAUGUUCAAAAUCUAUUGAAAAAUGCAGAAGAUGAAGUCUUACGUUUAUAUUAUAAACAGGAGUACUUUAGAAAAGCUUUUAAUGACACACUUGAACGAAUGAAUACUCUAGCUAACUGUCUACCAUCUUAUGCUCUUGACUAUAUUACAAAUCCAGGAUACUAUGAAAAUAUUCAUAACAAAGAAGAUGAAAUGAAGGAAGAGGAGGAGGAAGAUAUUUCAUUAGAUCCUGAUUAUAUCAAUUUUAUGAUGAAAACCAUACAACACCGUCAAAAUCGUGAUAAUAAUGAGUCAAAUUCCAACCAAACACAAUCAAUGUUGAAAGCACCACCUCGUAAAGUGAACAAACCUACAAAUAUUCAAACAAUUGAUUCUCAAAUUGAAAUGCUUGAAGCUUCUAUUUUACAUUAUUAUGAAUUUUUAUCACCUUGUCGUGAUUCACCAAUAUGGCCUAUUUUACCAUUAAAACAAACUUAA